AUGAAUGCUAAUCCAAAUCAAAGACCAACAGCCAAUGAAUUACACAAAAUAUUAGAAUGUUGGUAUAAUUAUUUGUUUUAUACGAAUAAUGAUGAAGGAGAAGAAGUUAGAGCUGUAUUUAAAGAAGCUAAUAAAGAAAUACCAAAUAUUUCUACCUCAUAUGAAAAAAAAUCUGAUGCUAUAUAUACUAGUAGAGCAUUUACAUUUAAAAAUUUAUCAAAACCCAUUAAUUCAUCUUUUAUUGUUACUACAUAUCUUAAUGAAG